AUGCAUUUUAUUACAAAGGAGCCAUCAAAACAGAGGUAUGAUAAAGAGUUCCGUUGCACUGAUGGAAGCUGCAUCGCAGAACACUGGUACUGUGAUGGAGACACUGACUGCAAAGAUGGAACUGAUGAAGAGAAUUGCCCAUCUGACGUGAUGACAGCCACAUGCAGUGUUGAGGAGUUUCAGUGUGCAUAUGGCCGCUGCAUUCUGGACAUCUACCACUGUGAUGGAGAUGACGACUGCGGGGACUGGUCUGAUGAGUCGGACUGUUCCUCCCACCAGCCCUGCCGUUCUGCAGAGUUCAUGUGCAGCAGUGGCAUGUGUAUCAAUGCAGGCUGGAGGUGUGACGGAGAAUACGACUGUGACGACCAAUCAGAUGAAAAGAACUGCAGUACGUCGAUGUGCAUGGCUGAUCAGUUUCGCUGUUCGUCUGGUCGAUGUGUGCGGUUGUCAUGGCGCUGUGAUGGGGAGGAUGACUGCUCUGAUAACAGUGAUGAAGAAGGCUGUGAAAAGACUGAAACUCCUCCAUGUGCGUCGGAUCAGUUCCUGUGUGGAAAUGGCCGCUGUAUUGGCCAGCGUAAGGUUUGUAAUGACGUCAAGGACUGUGAGGAUGGGACUGAUGAGCAUCCACACCAGGACUGUCGCUCCAAAUCAAGUGAAGAAAACUGUAAUGUUAACAACGGAGGCUGCUCACAGAAAUGCCAGAUGUCUCGAGGUCUGGUGCAGUGCACUUGUCACACCGGCUACACAUUAACACAGGACGGGAAGACAUGCAGAGAUGUUGAUGAGUGUGCAGAUGAAGGUUAUUGUAGUCAAGGCUGUACCAAUAUAGAAGGAGGAUUUCACUGCUGGUGUGUGCAAGGUUACGAGCUUCGACCCGACAAACGCAGCUGCAAAGCUUUGGGUCCAGAACCAGUUUUGUUGUUUGCGAAUCGGAUUGAUAUCCGUCAGGUUCUGCCGCACCGCUCAGAAUACACAUUAUUACUGAAUAAUCUGGAAAAUGCCAUUGCAUUGGACUUUCAUCAUAGCAACGAGCUGGUGUUCUGGUCAGAUGUGACACUGGACCGUAUCAUGAGAGCCAGUCUGAACGGUAGUAAUGUGGAGGAGGUCGUGUCCACGGGACUUGAGAGCCCAGGUGGUCUGGCCAUAGACUGGAUUCAUAAUAAGCUCUACUGGACUGACUCGGGGACGUCUCGUAUUGAAGUGGCCAAUCUGGACGGCACACAGCGUAAAGUGCUUUUAUGGCAGAGGAUGGAGAAACCCCGUGCCAUCGCUCUGCACCCCAUGGAAGGGAAGAUUUACUGGACCGACUGGGGAAAUAUGCCUUGCAUUGAAUAUGCCAACAUGGACGGCUCUAAUCGCAAAAUAAUUGCGGAUACGCACCUCUUCUGGCCAAAUGGACUUACCAUUGACUACGCCAGUCACCGUAUGUACUGGGUGGACGCCAAACACCACGUCAUUGAAAGAGCUGACCUGGAUGGGAAGAACAGAAAGGCUGUCAUCAGCCAAGGUCUUCCACAUCCUUUUGCCAUCACGGUGUUUGAAGACAGUCUGUACUGGACCGACUGGCACACCAAGAGUAUCAACAGUGCAAACAAGUUUACUGGCAAGAACCAAGAGGUCAUCCGAAACAAGCUGCACUUUCCCAUGGACAUCCACACCCUACACCCACAGAGACAACCUGCAGGUGGGAGAAACCGCUGUGGGAGCAAUAAUGGAGGCUGCAGUCACCUGUGUCUUCCAAGCAAUAAGACCUACAUCUGUACUUGUCCUACUGGCUUUAAAAAGGUGGACCACUAUAACUGUGCCCAGAGUGAGUACUGCUCGUUUAAGUUAUUUGUCCAUGGUUUAUAUUUAUCCUCCUCUCGUGCUACAACAGUUGUGGUGGACACCAGUUUGGAAAGCCCUGCAGGUCUAGCUAUCGAUUGGCUUACACACAAACUGUACUGGACUGAUGCAGGCACAGAUCGGAUUGAAGUUUCAAACACGGAUGGAAGCAUGCGCACAGUUCUGAUCUGGGAGAACCUCGACCGUCCCCGGGACAUUGUUGUUGACCCGAUCGGAGGAUUCAUGUACUGGACAGACUGGGGUGCCAAUCCUAAGAUUGAGCGUGCUGGAAUGGACGCAUCCAACCGUACGGUUAUCAUCUCAACAAACCUGACCUGGCCUAAUGGAUUGGCAAUAGACUAUAGCACUGAGCGGCUGUACUGGGCUGAUGCUAGCAUUAAGACCAUUGAGUAUGGCAACUUCGAUGGAUCAGGCAGACAGGUGUUGAUUGGCAGUCAGUUGCCUCAUCCGUUUGGGUUGACGCUCCACGAAGACAGAAUUUAUUGGACUGACUGGCAAUCCAAGAGCAUCCAAAGUGCAGAUAAGCUCACUGGUUUGGACCGAAGAACGCUGGCAGAAAACCUUGAAAACCUCAUGGACAUUCACAUGUUCCACCAUCACAGAACUACCGUCCAGACGCCCUGUUCGGUGAAUAAUGGCGGCUGCAGUCACCUUUGCCUCCUGGCUCCUGCUCCCAAAGCCUCAAGCUGUGCGUGUCCCACUGGUAUCAACCUACAGGCGGACGGCAAGACUUGCACUCACGCAAUGAACAGCUUCCUGAUCUUUGCCCGGCGGACAGACAUCAGGAUGAUUUCUUUGGACAUCCCGUACUUCGCUGAUGUGGUUCUGCCGGUCAGUGUGUCUAUGAAGAACACCAUUGCCAUUGGAGUGGAUGCAGUAGAAGGUAAAGUGUACUGGUCAGACAGUACAUUAAAGAAAAUCAGCAGAGCCAAUGUCAAUGGUACACAAUAUGAGGACAUUAUUUCAACUGGUCUAGUGACCACAGAUGGUCUGGCAGUGGAUUCAGUGGGCAGAAAAAUCUACUGGACGGACACGGGGACGAACCGCAUUGAGGUGGCUAAUCUCAAUGGCUCCAUGAGAAAAGUGCUCGUGUGGCAGAACCUGGACAGCCCUCGUGCCAUUGCCCUGUUCCAUGAGAUGGGGUACAUGUACUGGACAGACUGGGGUGAGCAUGCCAAGCUGGAGCGCUCCAGUAUGGAUGGUUCAGAUCGCGUGGUUCUGAUAAAUAACAAUCUGGGCUGGCCUAAUGGACUGGCCGUGGACAGAGCUGGAUCACAGCUGCUGUGGGCCGAUGCACAUACUGAGCGGAUAGAAGCUUCUGAUCUUAAUGGUUCAAACCGGAGGACCCUGGUUUCUCCUGUCCAGCACCCGUACGGUCUCACUCUGCUGGGGCCGCACAUGUACUGGACGGACUGGCAGAGCCGCAGUAUUCAUAGAGCAGACAAGGACACUGGAACAAACACCAUCACCGUCCGCUCCAACUUGCCUGGCCUCAUGGACAUCCAGGCUGUUGACCGGGCAAGACCUUUGGGCUUCAAUAAAUGUGGCAGGAGAAACGGUGGCUGCUCUCACCUGUGUCUGCCUCGGCAUAAUGUGACGUCUUGUGCGUGUCCCACCGGUAUUCUGCUGAAAAGUGAUGGGAGAUCAUGUGACAAUUUGCCUGAAACAUACCUGCUCUUUUCAAAUCGUGUCAGUGUUCGAAGAAUCUCUCUAGACACUAAUGAACACACAGACGUGUACGUGCCUGUGCCUGAGUUGCAUAAUGUGAUUUCCUUGGACUAUGACAGCGUGGAGAGUAAACUCUACUAUACGGAUGUGUCACUGGAUGUUAUAAGACGGGUGAAUUUAGACGGCAGCAAUAUGGAAUCUGUGAUCAGUCAGGGUCUGAAGACGACUGAUGGACUUGCUGUUGACUGGGUGUCACGUAACAUGUACUGGACAGACACCGGCCGUAACACCAUAGAAGUGGCUCACUUAGAUGGUACGUCUCGGAAAGUUCUGGUGAAUAACAGUCUGGAUGAACCAAGAGCCAUCGCUGUGUUUCCUAGCAAGGGGUUCUUGUUCUGGACAGAUUGGGGUCACAUUGCAAAGAUUGAGCGUGCUUACCUGGAUGGCACAGACAGGAAAGUCCUCAUCAACACAGAUCUGGGAUGGCCAAACGGCUUGACGCUGGACUAUGACACCCGCAGGAUCUUUUGGGUGGAUGCACACUUGGACCGCAUAGAAAGUUCUGACUUGAAUGGAAAACUGCGUCAAAUUCUCAUCAGCCCCGUAUCACACCCGUUUGCCCUCACGCAGCAAGACCGUUGGAUUUACUGGACGGACUGGCAGACCAAGUCUAUUCAGCGAGUAGAUAAGCAUACAGGUCGUAGUAAGGAAACCGUGCUGGCUAAUGUAGAGGGCCUCAUGGACAUCAUAGUGGUGUCGCCACAAAGACAGACUGGAACAAAUCAUUGCGGUGUGAAUAAUGGGGGCUGCACACACUUGUGUCUUGCGCGGAGUAACAGUUUUGUGUGCGCAUGUCCAGAUGAGCCUGACGGCAGACCUUGCUCUACAAUCUCUGGUUACAUUCCCACGGCACCUGAGAAGGACUCCAAAGCUACUCAAGCCCCCAAAAAACACCCCACAGAGAAACCUCAUCAGGGCCUGUCAGGGGUCAACUGUACAGAUGCAAGUCUCAAUCUAGAGGACUGCAUCCAGAACAAUGUGGUGUCUGCACCUCGGGAUGAGAGCCCUCAUAUCAGCUACGUGAUUGGUGGAGCUCUGUCAAUACUGGCCAUCCUGAUACUCAUCGCUGCAUUCAUUAUUUACAGGCACAAAAAAUUCAAGUUUGCAGAUCCAGGAGUGAGCAACUUGACUUACAGCAACCCUUCAUACAGAACUUCAACGCAGGAGGUUAAAAUAGAGACCGCACAGAAACCUGCAAUAAACAACCAGCUGCGAUAUAAAAAAGAGGUCCAGGGCGUUUGUGAUGGAGGCUACACUAAAGAGAAGAUCCACAUCGUGGAAGGCGUGUGUCUGCUCUCAGGAGAGGAUCUUUACUGGGAAGACUUGAGACAGUUGAAGGUGUGUCGAGGAGCCGGGCUUCACGCCUGUAUGCGUACAGAGACCGUCUCGCUACAGGCGAGCUCCGCCUCUCUGAACGACGGAGAGACCGAACAGCUGCUGCAAGGCGACCAAUCAGAGUGCUCGAGUCUUAGCACCGCCCACGCUGUGACGGCUCAGCAUCACAGCGCACAUCCCGACACCGGCUGGGUCCCCAACCGUAAAGCCUCUACUGAGAGCGAAGUGUUCUCUGGUUACAUUCCCACGGCACCUGAGAAGGACUCCAAAGCUACUCAAGCCCCCAAAAAACACCCCACAGAGAAACCUCAUCAGGGCCUGUCAGGGGUCAACUGUACAGAUGCAAGUCUCAAUCUAGAGGACUGCAUCCAGAACAAUGUGGUGUCUGCACCUCGGGAUGAGAGCCCUCAUAUCAGCUACGUGAUUGGUGGAGCUCUGUCAAUACUGGCCAUCCUGAUACUCAUCGCUGCAUUCAUUAUUUACAGGCACAAAAAAUUCAAGUUUGCAGAUCCAGGAGUGAGCAACUUGACUUACAGCAACCCUUCAUACAGAACUUCAACGCAGGAGGUUAAAAUAGAGACCGCACAGAAACCUGCAAUAAACAACCAGCUGCGAUAUAAAAAAGAGGUCCAGGGCGUUUGUGAUGGAGGCUACACUAAAGAGAAGAUCCACAUCGUGGAAGGCGUGUGUCUGCUCUCAGGAGAGGAUCUUUACUGGGAAGACUUGAGACAGUUGAAGGUGUGUCGAGGAGCCGGGCUUCACGCCUGUAUGCGUACAGAGACCGUCUCGCUACAGGCGAGCUCCGCCUCUCUGAACGACGGAGAGACCGAACAGCUGCUGCAAGGCGACCAAUCAGAGUGCUCGAGUCUUAGCACCGCCCACGCCGUGACGGCUCAGCAUCACGGCGCGCAUCCCGACACCGGCUGGGUCCCCAACCGUAAAGCCUCUACUGAGAGCGAAGUGUGAAACUCUACUAACAAACACGGUCAACAUGGGGGCAGAAACUUCUGACUAGAAAAAGGCUUGAAUACACACUGUUAUUAGAAGUCAGACAGCAGGCCGGUGUAGGCAUGGAUGCUCCUCUGGUUGAUGUGGAAGGCUUUCCUCGUGCAGAUGUGGAUUUG